AUGACGGAUCAAGUUGAGCAGGUCACAGAGGCCAUACAGGCUACAACACUUGGUAGUCAGACACCAGAACAACCAAGCAACCCCAUCACUUGUAACGAAGCGCUUACAUCUGCACCAGCAGCGCCAAAAUCAUCCCCGGCAACAACUAAGAAGGUUCUACACCUCGUUAUCGACUCUGGUGCCAUUAUUAAAGGCACCAAUCUGGUCAUAUUAGCUGAAAAUUUCUGGACAGUCCCUGAUGUGCUGGACGAAAUUCGUGACAAGAAGUCACGAGCCUUUCUAGAGCGUCUUCCAUUUACUCUUCAGACCCGCGAACCUUCAGCCGCGGCCAUGAAGGCUGUGGUCAAUUUUUCACGCAAGACAGGAGACUUUGCAUACCUUUCGCUCACGGACCUGCGUGUCAUGGCGCUAUCUUACCAACUUGAAGUUGAGGCAAAUGGUUCUAACCACUUGCGUACCAGUCCUACGCUCUCGCAGACGGUAACCCUUGCGGCCAAUGGCAAGAUUUCCGGUGGAUCACAGACAGAGAUUCCAUGCAAGUAUUACGGUACAACAAUCGGCUGUAAAUACGGAGAGGAGUGUAGGUUUGCACAUGAAGGACCGAUAGCUAACAAUGCUGAAGCAAUCAAGAAUAAAGUUGACAUUGCAUGUCGUUAUUUCAAUACUCCUGAAGGAUGCAAGUACGGCAAUGACUGCUCAUUCGUGCACGAGAAGACAGAGGCUGAUGGACAUUUAGCAGAAGUUGAGGGAUUGGAAGUUGUGGAUUACAAAAUUAACGAGAAUAUUCUUAAUGCUGACGUCAAGUCGCGUAUCAUGGGCAGAUUUGCGGCUUCUAGCAACUUCGGAGCUACUGAAGACGACGGUAAAAAUUGGAUUACAGAGGAGAACUAUGUCAAGUUCGCAACUUCUCCAUUCGGUGACGGUAAAUGUCUUCAAGAGAUCUCGUCACGAUUAUCAGUAGCUUGUAUCACAACGGAUUACUCCAUGCAAAAUGUCGUGCUGCAGAUUGGACUGCGUCUUCUUUCGACGGAGGGCAUGAUCAUUAAACGCGUAAAGCAGUGGAUACUGCGGUGUAUUGCGUGCUUUACGACGUCUACUGAGAUGGACCGUAUGUUCUGCCCGAAGUGUGGAAACAGUACCAUGGAGCGAAUGUCUUACAGUCUAGACCGCGAUGGCCACAUGACAUUCUAUUCAAGAGCGAACCGCCCGACAAAGCUUUCAGGCACUAAGUAUUCGUUACCUAAGCCCAAAGGCGGUCGCAAUGGUGAUUUGUUGUUACGCGAAGACCAGCUUUUGAUGGGAAUUUGGGGUCAGCGUCAACGCCAGCACAAGAAGAUCAUGCAUAGCGCUUUUGGAGAGCACGUUGCACACGAUCUUGGCGUUAGAGCCGAGAAGCAGUCAAGUAUUCAAGUGGGUUACGGACGUAUGAACCCGAACGCACAGAAGGGCCGUGAGCGUCGUGGCAAGAAGAAACGAAACUAG